AGAAGCUCUCUAGCAUAGCGGUGAAAUGACGGCACUUGAAAAUCAGAAAUGGCAAUUUUAGAAAAUGAGUAACUAAGGCUACAACCUGCGCUGUUCUGUUACACGCACUGGACCGACCGCCAGGAGGCUGGGUUUGUGUGCUGGCCAGCAAAUAGCUCUGACUGCAGAGCGCAACAAGUGCUCCUAGCUGGGAGGCUGGAGUUUCGGUCUUUGUUGUAAAGUCAUUAACCGUGUCAGCCUAGGGGCCGUAGUUUCUCGUUAAUUUGCGGGCGCUUUAACAAAGAAACAGCCCCGACCAAGAAGGCAGCAGUCACCUGUCCGUCUCAAAGCAGGGAGGAAAAUUACGAGUUAGGAAUAAUAUCCACGCUUUUAAAUAAAGAAGAGGGUUUUGGAAACGUCUUGACAAAACCAUGGAUCGCAGAAAAUGAAACAUCAUAGUUAAAAUCCAGCUGGAACCUUGAAAGCAAGAAAAAAGAAAGGGGAGAGACUCUUUAUUCCGCAGUAGUUCGUACAGGAACCGGUCGUGUCUCAUAAUAAGGAUCCGCUUAUUCCUGUUAGGAGACUGUAAACCGCAACAGGAGGAAUAUAUUUGAAUAGGAAUCGGCCUCGCUGUUGUUGAAGCAUGUACGACAGGCAGCGCUAUGACAGCCCACCCAUGUACAGCCCCCCCUACAGCCCCUCCACCAAUGGCUUCGGCCCACCGGUGAGCUUUCACCCCCCCGGCAGCGAGUACAAUGCCUACCCCCCGCCCCCCGGCUCCUAUUACAUGGAAGCCCGGCCGCAGCACUUCUAUAAGUGGCGUUCCCCUCCGGGCAUCAUCAAAAUCCUUGAAGGCCUGAUCGUGCUGCUGUGCAUCGCCAUCUUCGCCUGUGUGGCCUCCACCCUGGUCUGGGACAUGCAGUAUGGUUAUGGCAUGGGUGGUUAUGGUGGCAUGGGUGGUUAUGGUGGCAUGGGCGGUUAUGGUGGCAUGGGAGGGUAUGGCAUGGGUGGUUACGGCUAUGGCACUGGAGGUUACGGCAUGAGUUACUACAACUCGUACCCCACCCCGUACUCCGCCAAGACCACCAUGAUCGCCAUGGCCGCCAUCACCUUCAUCGCGUCCCUGGCCAUCUUCGUGACCAGCUUCUCCAAGUCCGACUCCUCGCGCAGCCGGAAGUUCUACCUGGUGGUGCUGGUGAUCAGCAUCCUCCUGGCCAUCCUGGAGGGCAUCAUUAGCAUCGUCUACAUCGUGGGCAUCAACCCCAUGGCCCAGACCUCCAGCAGCGUCUAUUCCAACCCCAUGCUCAUGAUGUGCAACUCUAUGUAUGGGACUGGCAUGGGAAGUUAUUCCACCAUGGGCAUGUACAACCAGUACCUCUACCAUUACUGUUACGUUGAUGCACAGGAGGCUGUGGCUAUGGUCUGUGGGUUCAUGAUUGUCAUUGCAGAAGGUAUCAUUGCUUACUUCGCCCAGAAGACUCGUGGGAAAAUCUGGCGCUACGGGAAACCCAACAUCUACUGGGAAAAACCUUUAACCGGGGAGUCAGAGGGCCGCAACGUGGAGGAGUGGGUCAAAAAUGUGGAAGAUGAAAAGAGUAUUCAUGACGCCCCAACGGUAGUGCUGUCUGAGAAAAUGAGCUCUCCUCUGAAUGCUGUCAACAGUGUCAAAAGUGUCAGCACCUACCCAACCAAAGCAGACAGCUGCUUCAGCUCUGGGACCUACAACAACCACGACUACACGGACACUCCUGCCAGCCGGCCCUCGGACGGGCCGUCCCGCGGAGUGAGCUCCAGCCCCUCGGAGGAGGCGGGAGGGGUGCGGAGGCCCUCUGCCUGGAGGGGGAGGAAGAGGCGGAGGAACCCGGAGCUGGAUGAGUCGCAGUACGAGACGGAUUAUACCACUGGCGGGGAGACGUGUGGGGAGCUCGACGAGGACCAGUGGAAGAGCAUGUACCCCCCAAUCACAUCCGACGCCCAGCGGCAGGAGUACAAGCGGGAGUUUGACUCCGACCUGAAGCAGUACAAGCGGCUGUGUGCUGAAAUGGAUGACAUCAGCGACCAGAUGAACAAACUGAGCAGAGAGCUGGACAGCCUGCAGGAGGGCACUGCGAAGUACCAGGGGGUGGCUGAAGAAUACAACAGAUUGAAGGACUUGAAACGGACCCCCGAUUACCAGACCAAGAAGCAGCAGUGCCGAGAGCUGCGCCACAAACUGUUCCACAUCAAGCGCACGGUGAAGGACUACGACAAGGGGUGCUCCUAGAGCCAGGACCCCAACCGGCCCCACCUACACCCACUCCUUGUAGACUCGACAUCAGAGACUAAAACUGUUUUUUGCUGCAGGGAUCCUGCAAACCAAAGCUGUACAGAUCCUUUGAGAUCUACAGGGCUGAAUCUGCUUACACAGGGUUCCAGAGCUCCAGACAGAUUGAGAAGCCUUCAGGUUUGGAAGGUGAAGGGUCUUGGAAAACAUUGCAUCUAACAUUGAACAGGCUUCGUUGGGGGCAUUUCUCAAUAAGAUGCACAACAGUGCAUUGGCUUGUACACUCAUCUGUCUUUGUACCUUACAUUCUGUACUGCGUUAGCUCCAAUAAGAUGAUCUCCAUUUUACAAUGCAUAACAACGUAGUCAAGCUGCUGUAGCAUGAUUGUAAGACUUUUUGCUGUUGGACAGCAGUUGGUGACAAAUUCAGUCUGAUGGGCUUAACUGUGAUCGUUAAUUAUUCCAACUGAAGAGGGGAUUGCUCAACAUUCCUGCUCACACUUUGUUUCAUAAUUCUUGCAACCAUACAAAAGCAGAGUUUUCAGUUAAAAGAUAAGCUAUAGCUAGGCCCCUGCAGAGAAUGUGAUGGUAGGGCCCAGUUGCUAAGCUGUGUCUUUGAGUAGAGGUGGAUGACACCUGUAAAGCACAGGUGAAGCUUUUCAGGUAACAUGUCUUUAAGCAGUUUUCCCAUUCUCGGUGGCUGUUGUGAUUAUGGUCCUUGGGGAUCCUUUGAAAUCAAAAGUAUUUCUGUGCGAAGCCGUACCUUGUCAGACCUCAUAUGUCUCCUACGAGACAUACAUGUCUUUACAAGAGACAUACAUAUGUUAAAUGUUGUAUUUUUACAUGAAAUUCAGAUCAAGGUGUGAAGGAAAAAAAGCCACUGUAGUAUUGCCACUAAGUAAUGUCAGAUAAUCAUUUUGGUUUAGAUUAAAAAUUGGAAGGAAUUUAAUACAGAGUUAUUAAAUUAGUAGGGGAAGUUAACACACUUCUGUCUUUAAGUUUAAAAUCAAAAUCAAAGGCACAGUAGGAAAUGUUGCUUUAUGGAGUUUCUAACAGAUGUUCAGCAGGAAUCUUGCACACUUCUGCUUGCCUACAUAUAGAGGUCUCGCACCUGUGACUUCCUGUAGUGCAUCUCUUUUGCAUGCUCCUAUCACCCCAUCUGCAACCCUGCAGCAGCUCUCUGGUGCAAUCGAAAUACUCGAUAUUUUUUGUCCCUCUAUCACAUUCAUUAGAAUCUCCAUAGAAAUGGAGACCUGGGAAAGCAGCUGUGACAUUAAGCUGUAGUUUACACUUGAUCCAACACUGUAUCCGUUUUAAUAUGUUUGUAUCACAAAACUGGGGGAGCAUGUUGUUUAAGAUGGGUGUGAAGAAGUUGUUUAUGGAAAAGUGCUUCAGACGGCCAAGCACUAAUGGAGUCUUAUCUAUCGACCUUUGCUCUGAAUUUCAAGAACAAACUUCCAAGCAUCUGAGCUCUUUCCAUGACGCUGAAACUCUUGGAAAUCAGGAGAGAAAAGGGCGUGAUCGAUACCAAGGAGUUUAUUCUGUCCAGCCAGUGCCAAAGUAAGCUGCACACAGCUCCAUCUGUUGGUUCCCAGUGGAACUGCCGCCCGUUAUUUAUACCAAAGACAAAAAAUGUUUUUGCUUUGAUAAAUAUCUGUCAAGUGAAAAUGCAUUACUCCUCUCGUGACCAAAGUGACAUUAUCAUAACAUAAAAUAGUAUUUAAAAAGUCUGCUAUUUUGAUAAAAGAUUAUCAAUUUUGAUUUUUUUAUGUGGUCUUGUUGGGGUUUAGUGAACCUACCCUGAGCUCCUAUAGCUUGGCUGUAUUGUAUGGUUAUUUGUAUGGCUGUAGCAUGGCUAUAGAGUGAAUAGAAAUUCACUCAGGACAGAACUAACGGAUGCCUGUAGUCUUUAAACAGACAGGAUAUACAAGCCCUGAAUAAUGUUCCCCUUCACCUGGGUGUGGUAGCACAGUAAAACUGCACAGACUACUGUUAUCUACAUCUUUUACAUUUUAACCAGAUGUGGUUGUAAGUCACUUUGAAUAAAAGCAUCAGCCAAAUGAAGAGAUCUAGUGAAUUACUCAUAAGAUGCAAUGCACUGAAAGGAAUUUGUUUAAACAUAUCAAAGUAUGAAGAAUGCAAAGUUCACAUUACACUCCUCACUAUCAAAUCUCCCCCAUUUUCCGAUCAGAGGUGACUUUUCCUGGAUUUAGAAUCUGGUGUCUGUUAACCUGUAUAUGGGCUUGAAAUAGAUUUGUGGAAAUUCUAUGGAGACAUAAGCUCAUCUUUAAACUUAAGGUGUGGGCAUUGUAGAGCACCGGCUACAUACCAUGAAUCUGGAAAUUGUACCUUCUAAGUGAAGCAAGAGAUACGUUUCCCUGACAAGAAUGUUUAGUGAACGGAUGUAACGUACUGGAACAGUGUCAGUCGUCUGGAGUUGUAAUUGUGAUUUCAGGAAAGGUGAGCAAUUUGGCACCUCCUCUCCUCUUGGAUGUGGGACUUUUCCUGGCUGGCGGAUUUCAAAGCACUGCUGGUUUCUCAUGCUGUGUUUAGCUUGUCUGGGUGUCAAAGCUCUGUAUGAGGUUCCGAAGAUUCCAGAUACUUCUAAAGUGCAGUCUGUGUAGUAAAUGAGUGAUGAGGCACUCUACUUGUGGAAAUAGGGGUGCUAUAUUCCAGGCCAAAUCUGAAGGCUGGAAACUGUUUUCAAAUUGGUUCGUCAGACACGGCUUGAUCAGACUGUGGUGCCUGCAUCCGAUUUCUCUCACAGAGUGUCAGGUCUUAGCAACUUUUUGCAAUUAUGUUUAUUUGAAUUUUUUUGCAAGGAUUUUGGAUUUGCUUCUCAAUUUUCUAUUUCAGUAAAAAAAAAAGAGCUUUGAAUGCCAGCUGGGAAGACGCAGGAAGUUUUACAGCCAAUGCUUGUUUUUUCCACUUUUUGUAUGGUGUGUGUUAUUGUUGAUUUAUGGUGGGAUAAUGUAGCCCUGUUCUGUUUAUGCCAGGAGCCACCAUGUGCUCAUUCCUUAAUCCUGAAACCUUUUGCCUUCUUGUAAAAAGACAAUGCUCUCAGUUUUUUUAUAUAUGAACUAUUACUUUUCCUAAAUAGAUUAGCAGAUUUCCUUUUAUUGAAAAAAAAACUUAUUGUAAAUGGCAUUUACCAAACAAAAAUAAUGACACUUUUUAAAUAAAUCAUUUAAUCUGCACAAUAUGUUUAUCAGACAUCUUUUUGUUUCCUGCGCUUAUGAACACACAGAAGUAAGAGUGUUUUAACAAACAUCAGACAGUCUUGCCUCGGGACACUUCAGAAUAUCCAUCUAACCAAUACUUGAGUGAUCGACAAUAAUUGAACAUUUACUAUUUAAUUGACCCUAAUGGUGAAGGCAAUUGGAGUAACUGAUGGAUUAAAUGGAUCAGAUGAGGUUCCAUUCCUAGACUUCUCUGUUGUAAGUGUUUCCUCUAUGCAUUGCUUUACAUGCAUGCUUAAAAGAUGCAUUGAUGUUUGGAUAUCAAUCAUCCACCCAUUCAUUUUCUAGCUGCUUCUUCUAAUUCAGGGUGGCCAGAGCCUAUCCUGGCAAACAACAAGCACAAGGCAGAGAAUACCAAUCCACUUUGGGGCACAUAUACAGACACAGACAUGCACACUCAUGUCUCACAUCAGAUUUCCUAGAAGCCAGUUAACCA